AUGGCAGAUAAAGCAAUGACAAAAAUUCUUAUAUUUGGUGGAAAUGGAUUUUUGGGUGGCGAAACAGUCGUGGAGCUUUUAGCGUUGAAUACAUUUGAUAUUACAGUUGUUAAUAGAGGAAAUUGGAAAAAUUAUGAUUCAAACAUUCGUAUUCGACCAUUUGUUAAAGCAUUCAACAUUGACAGAGAAUCAUCCACUGCUGUUGAACAACUUCAUUCAGCGAUUGGCAACGAACAUUUCGAUGCAGUUAUAGAUUUCAGUGCCUAUGAUACUGAUGUUGUUAAAGAUGCGUUAAAAGUUCUUGAAGAUAAAAUCAAACUUUACAUCUAUAUUAGUACAGAUUCUGUAUAUGAAGUAUGUCUACCAUCGAACAAUGAUCUUGCCAGUGAAACAGAUAGUAUUCGUCCAUUAGACAAUGAUGAAUAUGAACGAUUUCGAAGAAAAGAUUCAUAUGGUCAUAAAAAACUGAAAAUUGAAGAAGUUUUAUUUCGUCGACAAUCGAAAUCGAACAAUAAUUGGUCAUAUGUAAUUCUUCGUCUUCCUGAUGUACUCGGUCCACGUGAUUCAACAGAUCGUUGGUGGUUUUAUCAAAUGUGGAUACAAUUCUAUUCCUCUAUACAAAAACCACUUGAAACUUCAACACAACUUCGUUCAUCCUAUGUUUAUGUGAAUGAUGUUGCGCGCUACAUAACUUAUAUACUUUCAAAAACAUUUCUUGAUUCAUCAACAAUCUUUCAUAAUCAGAUCUUCAACAUAGGUUGCACAGAAAUCAUAUCAAUCCAAGAUCUGCUCACUUUAAUAAUUGAUGAAUUAAAUUUAAAUUCUCUACAUAUACCAAUACAAUAUAAUCCUAAUACGGAAGUCGAUUUUUUUCCAAGUGUAACACGUGGUGGAAUAAAUAUAUCGAAAGCAUUAUCAAAUGAAUUCAAUUGGAAGCCAACACCAAUAAAACAAGUAGUUCGCGAAACCAUUCAAUGGUAUAAUGAUGCAUAUGGACUUUAUCCAAACGAUCGUUCUGAUAUAGUCAAACGUAUUCGACGAACUCUAUUGAAGAAUAACGAAAGUGCGUAUGGAAAAUUUCUGUAUGAAGUUAAUCAAUAUGCAACACAAAGUACAAUUAAACGUAAACGAGUGGAAGAAGAAAAAAAGAUUGUUGCUGUUGAUUCAUUAACGGUCAAUUCUGAUCAUGGGGAUUAUCGACAAGAAAAACUCUUUAAACAUAGUGACAUGUAA